AUGGGUAAUCCAGACGAAUCAUCCUCCGUUGAUGCCUUCAUAGUUCCACAGAUUGCAGAUGAUUCAUCCUAUGAUCAAGAUAAUACGGAUGAUAUCGAUAAUUCAAAUGAACAACUUUAUCGAUGGAUAUUAGAAAUUCCGAGAAUAAAAGAAAAUCAUCUACUAUCUUCACCUUAUUCUAAACGUUCAUCAUCUUCUCCACCACAAAAAAAAUUUCGUCCACAUUGGUCACCAUUAGUUGCAGCUUAUAAACGAUGUGGUGAAUUGAUAAGAGAUAAAAGAGAAAAAUGUUUUAAAAAUGCAGUACAAAUGCUAUUUGUUCAUAAAUUGAAAAAAUAA